AUGCGUCUAUCUCUAGCCCUCCAAGCCACAGCUUGGCAUAUGAUUCUCAGUAGUGCGCUUUACGGCACUGCCCUCGCCGCAGCGAGCUGGAACUCUACAAUCAACCAUUUCACAACAACUGAUGGUACGACCUAUGCUUACGACUGUAAUCCCGCAAGUGGCUCGAACGCGACUUUCCUCCUCUUGCACGGCUAUCCAUCCUCUCACAAAGACUGGGAGCAUCAAAUUGCGGCCUUGAAUGCAGCUGGCUUCGGCACCCUCGCUCCGGACAUGCUGGGGUUUGGUGCCUCUGAUAUGCCAACAGAUCCUCACGAAUAUAGAGCCAAGAGAUUGUCUGGUCAUUUAGCGGAGCUCCUCGAUCACAAGUCACUCGACACCGUGAUCGGCGUGGGCCAUGAUUGGGGUUCCGUGAUUCUGACCCGCCUUGCGGUCUACCACCCUGACCGAUUCGAGAAGUUCGUCUUUGUCAAUGUAGGCUAUCAGGCUCCCGGGGGCUUCGUGGACCUUGAUAGCCUCAACUCCAUGCUUUCAGCCGAAUAUGGAUAUAUGCCUUACGGAUAUUGGUACUUCUUUGAUCGAUACGAUGCUGGGACAGUAAUCAAAACUCAUCUGGAAUCAUUCUGGCACCUCGUGUUCCCAGAAAAUCAUACUAUCUGGGUCGAUCAUCUCGCUCCUAUCAGUGCAGCUCGAAGCUGGCUCCAGGCCGAAACAAAAACCAACGACCCGCCGUUUCUCAGUGCCGCCUACAAAUCGGACUGGCUAGCGUGGAUGAGCCGCCCGAAUGCGACAGAGUCUGGCCUUAACUGCUACAGAUCUCAGUUGAGGGGAGUAAACGAUGCUGAUGAGUCUACGAUCAAGACAAAAUACUGGGAACUACACGUGCCGGUGCUGGCUAUCGGGGGAUCUCAAGACCCGAUUGGCCGAGCUGACUUGAUGGUGGCAUCAACCCAGCCUUGGGCUUUGGGGGGAUUUGAAACCAAAACCCUUAAUUCAGGACACUGGACAGCUCAAGAACUACCUAAUGAAGUUAAUGAUCUUCUGAUGGAAUUUGCUAGAAAGGAUCUGGCGCAUUAA